AUGCCGAGCGAGACGGACGCACGCGCCGAGCGCUCCGCUCCCGAGGCAGCUAAUGCGCUUCCGACAGCUCCAGCGGACAGGGCCGCGUCCCUGUACGCUAACGGGGUCGAGUUGAGUACAUCAGUUUCACUACCGAGUGUUUCUGAUAGUACUCCUCCCCCGACGAGCGUCGACCGUGCUCACGCCUAUCGCGUCACUCGCGAAAGUGAAACCGCGAUUUCGAUCUCUCGCGAGUGUUGUGCGUCGUUGCAGCAGCCGCUGGAGACGCCCGUGGACGCCCCCACAGCGCAGCAAGACAGCGACGAAGCACUCCAGCUUCUGGUGAGUCUCAUGCCGCACGCAGCCGCUGCACCCCUCGGAGUCGAUUCCGAUAGCGACGAAGAGGAAAUGCAGACAGAGCAGACGCCGGCAGGCUCACAAGCGUCAACGUCACGUGCCUCGAGGAAGAGGCAGAAGUCCGACGACGACUCCUCAGCCCCGGACACGCGCAAGUUCCGCAAGGAAUACGCGCAAAACGGCACCAAAGCCGGGACAAAAACUCUCCGCCGCACGCCGAAGUCCAAAGUGGACAAUGACGGCUUCGUAACUGCAACGAAGACCGCAAAAGCCACACGACAACCCACAGCAGCACCAGUAGGCACGAGCAACAGCUUCCUAGCACUUAGUGACUCGGAAGACGAGGAGCUGACACUGCUACCGCCGCAGCAGCGUCGCGCACUGCCGCCGCUUAUAGUAAAGUUCGAUGGCCACUUUCGUGAGCUGCAGAACGCUCUGAACUUACUGAUUGGCAAGGACAGCUACACCAUCAGCGCGACAGGCGAUGACCUUCACAAAGUGAAGGUGAAAACCACCGAACACUUCGUAAAGGUCAGCGAGGAAUGCACCAGACGGGGCUGGAACUUCUACACCUUCAGCUCCAACAGGAAGAAGCCCCUGAAGGUUGUAUUCCGCAAAAUACCGCGCACCAUGAAACCAGAAGAGUUGAAGGAAGAUCUGGAACAAAUGGGCUACUGCGUUGAAGAAGUCAUAAGAAUGAAACUUCAUCGCACCAAGGGACGCAACCCGCUCUUCCUGGUAAUUGCAAACAACACGGCGGAAAACCGGAAGCUUUUCCAACUCAAGCGGAUAGGCAACUUGGAAGUGUGCGCAGAAGUGCUUCGCAACAAAGCUGCAUACGCUCAGUGCUAUCGCUGCCUGGAACUCGGCCACUCGACUAAGUACUGUGGAAUGCCCGAGUAUUGUGUUAAGUGCGAGGUUGCACAAAACACAAAACGUUUGCGGCUCGCGCCCGCGGAAACGAAGCGCAGCAGCGAAGAGUUUCAGCGGGAACAUCGCACCCACGUGGAGCCCCAACGCACAGCCACAGCCAGACAAAGAGGAAACGCGGCCGUCGAGGCCGCGCAUCCGGCCGAGCACAUUCCGAGGCGGUCGUCAACCUCGCCCAGCAGCGCGGGAACUCCGACGCCCGGAACAAAGAGCGGCAGCCACCCCGCAGGCGGCCGCAGAACACGCCACCAGCAACGGAGCGCGAUGGCGGACAGGCUCCGCCCGCCGCCUCACAGCAGGCAGUUCCCCCGCCUGCGCCCCUACCUCGGCAAGCAGCUCCUACCACCGCGCCUCGCCGUAACGGAGCGGACCAAUCAGCGCCGCCCGUCCCGGACCGGUCCAGCAUGGCCGACUUCCCCGAACCGCGAUGGCGCCGGCAGCGGCCAAUCACCGGCCAGCAGCCUGCUGCAGCAGCCCACACCAACGGCGGCCAGCAGCCCAGCGGAAACCAGGCCACGCGCGACGGCCAUUCUGUCGGGCCCCGACAAAAUGGCGUACACACCGUCCGCCAUGAUGUCGGCCCCCGACAAGAUGGCGACCGCAUCGACCGUCUCCUUGACACGAUGCAACUAA